AUGUGGACAGUUAUUACUAAAGUUAAAUCAACAGAACCUCGUGAUGAAUUGAAUGUGGGGUCAGAGAAUAAGGAAGAGUAUCAGUUGACUCCCAGAGUGAUUUCUUUAGAUGAAGACAUUUGGGUGCACACAGCCAACCAAGUUGUAAAUGCUCUUAGGAGCCAUUGCCUACUUGUAGGGGUCGUCCUGAACACGGGACAAGUCAGCCAAAGCAUCCAGGAAGCUCUCCCGUAAAUUUGUCUGGUGGACAGAAUUCGCAUAAUCAUCAUUUGUUUGCAUUAGGCCUUGAUUGUGAGAGGGACUGAGAAAUAUGCCUUGGAAUGGGCUCAUGAUCUUAAAACGACUGAUGAAACCUAUGUCUUUGUUCCCUAUGAUGUCUUGCUCUACAAUUUACCUUAUAAGCAUACUUCCCACCAGGUCCCGAAGAGUAAUCCAAAACUCUGGGAAGCCUGUGAUGCUGUGUUGACCAUUACAGUGGAGUCCCAAAAAAAGACCUAUCAAGCAUAUAAAGAAGCAAUUAGAGGUAAAAUUCUUGAGAAACGAGAUUUUUGUCAGUUGUAUCCUGUUUUUAGGUCUUCGUGUAAUAGUUUUUAUUUCAGUCAGUCCGUGAAUAAAGCUAUGAAAGAAAAUGGAUGGGCUAGUGCUGCCAGCCUAGUUCAUCAUUCCAGAAACAUGCAGUUCUGUGCAUUCAACCAGUUGGUAAAAACAGAUUCAAAUUGAAAUGCAAUUUCAGAAUAUGUAAUCCUGGACACCAAAUGGAAAGAAUGGGAACUCCAUGGAACUUACAGUGUGGAUGUGGAAACAGAGCUGCUACAAUUCAUAGUAGGGACUCUCAUUCACUUCACUUGUGGCAGGCCUCUUAGAGCAGAUGGAAGUAUUUGUUCAUUUGCAGAAGGGAAGAUCAACCGAGGAGGCAUGGGCCCUGCCUUUGCUGUGAUGGUUUGCCUUACUUUGCUUUUAACCCUGCUAUUUAUUAAUGGAUUUUCUUACUUUAUAAGUGAUUUACCAUUCCUACUGGCCUCAUUUAGGGUGAAGCUGUUCAUGAUGCCAAGAAUAACUUCUUCAGUUGUGUUGUCAGUGUUUUUGCCUGGCAUGAAGUACUUACACUAUAGAGAGUUUGUUUAUUGGAAGUUGAAAUCUGGUAACUAUGUGGUAGAUGGGCAUUUUGUACUAAAAGUAAUAUAUUAUGACUUUAAUGACAUCUUGGAAAUGCUAACACUCUCCCAACAGAAACCUUCUGCUGAAGAAUUAUUGUGGGCAGCCCCUGAACUGUUGAGAGCCUCCAAGGAAAGCAGGUUAGUUUCUUUUGCACUAGAUGUCUAUAGCUUUGCCAUCAUCAUGCAUGAAGUGAUGGUCUGGGUAACCCCCUUUCUCUUACUGCGUCUGGGUAAAAAAAUCAUAGACAUACUUAAGAAGCCUCUUCCUGUGUACAGUCCAGUAGCUCCUCCUGAGCAUGUCUCAGAAUGUCCCCAGCUGAUGAAGUGCUGGGCUUAGUCUUCAGAACUAUGACCAACUUUUGAUUAAAUAUUUCAUCAGUUUAAAACUUUCAAUAAGAGUAAAAAGACCAAUAUCAUUGAUUCUAUACUUUGAAUGUUGGGACAAUAUUCAAGCAACUUGGAAGAUCUGAUCCAGGAAUGGACUGAAGAGCUGGAAAUUGAAAAACAGAAAACAAAAAAACUUCUAACACAGAUGCUACUAUCAUAUGUGUGAACCCCUAAAGAGUGUGAAUCCUUAGAAAAAAAGUGCUGCACGGUUGAACCUGAGGGUUUUGACUUGAUCACCUUGUACUUCAGUGACAUUGUGUGCUUCACCACCAUCUCAGCUGUGAAUGAUCCCACUGAAGUGGUGGAUCUUCUCAAUGACCUGUACAUACUUUUUGAUGCCAUCAUUGGCAGUCAUGAUGUCUACAAGAAAAAGACCAUUGGUGAUGCUUACAUGGUGGUACCAGGUCUCCCAAAGAAGAAUAGCAGUAGGCAUGCAGCUGAGAUUGCAAGCAUGUUCCUAGGUAUCCUGAGCUCUGUGAGUAUCUUCAAAAUGCAGCACAUGCCAGAGGUGCCAAAUAUGUCUGCACUCAAUCUUCACAGUGGGCCAGUUUUUGCUGGAGUGAUAGACCUCACCAUGUCCAGAUACUGCUUAUUCAGAGAUACUGUGAACACAGCUUCUCAAAUGGAAUCAACAGGGGUUCCCUUUUCUCUACAUCUUUGUUGA